AUGACCGGAACCUGGCAGCUUGGCAGCGUCACCAACUCCAUCCUGACCCCCCGAUUAGUUCAGACAUACGGGGUCCUCUGCGCCAACUGGAUAGGCUCCGCACUAUCUAUGGGCAUCCUCAUCCUAGCCACCUGCCAGCUCCUAACUAGCAACGCCGUAGCCGGACCAUACGUCCCUGAGAAGCUCCUCGCCACAGACGUCCAAGCGCGAAUAGAAACGCCCUCCAUUCGACAGUUUCCCCGAGUCUACUGGCAGAUUGUCGUCGUCGCAUUGCUCGGCUACGGAGGCAUCAACACGUUCACCAACUCCGCGCAGCGCUUUCUUGCCGCGCGCUUCUACCAAGGCGACCAGAGUGCCGCAGGAUCAAUCAUGGGAAUCCCCCUCACCAUCUCCUGUCUCUUCCUCCCACUAUUCGGCUUCCUCCUCGACCACCCCCGCUGGAUCGGCAACCCUCCAUCCAUUCUCUUCCUCGCCAAUGUCCUCCUCGCCCUCGUUCACCUAGGCCUCCUCUCCAACCUGUCCUCCCCCAUCCUUCCCCUCUGUCUUCUCGGCUUCGCGCUCGCCCUCUACAGCGCAGCCCUAUGGUCCGGCCUUGCGCGCUGCGUCCUCCAAGCAGACCGCACCACUGCACAUCCACAGAAAACACCUCCACCCACGCCCCUCCCAGACGAUCAACCCGCCCCGUACGACUCCACGUAUGGCACCUUCACCCGGCCACAUGACACAGACGAAGCUAUCAACGCAGACAAGCCCGUUUCCGCAGGAGAAAGCGGCGCCACGGCCCUCGGGUACGGUAUCGUAGCCAGCGUGCUGAACACCAGCACCGCUGUCGUGUCUUUGCUGCUGGGGUUCGUGGAGAAUGCGGCCGGGUUCGAUGGGCUGGAGGUGGUCUUUGUGGGGCUCGCUCUAGCAGGCGCUGUGGCUUGUGUUUCGUUGGGGAGGAUGUGGUAG